GGAAGGAGUGUUUCUCUGUGAUCCCCUGGAUAUUUGACCAAAGGUUAUUUCAUCUCUUUCACAAGCCACUCCUGUUAGAUAUAAGCAGACCUGUGCUGAUUUCUAUUCACAAAACACUUCUUUUCAGCUGCUGGAGCCAUAGGACUGAGCUAAUCUGUCUUUUUGAGGGAGAACAAUGGGUACAGUAGCAGUGAAGCUUGUCUUUGCGCUGCAGCUGAUCGCCUUGAUUGGUUGUAACACUACCAGAUCCAGAAACUGGGCUCUUCAUGGAGCGCCUAUUUUUGCUGACCUCACACCCCGUGAGAUGAAAGCUGUGCGCGCCUACCUUCACAAUAUUCAAGAGAUGAAGCUCACAGAUGCUCGUAGUGAAACGCUGAAGAAGAACAGUAUCCUGCUGAUGGAACUUCAUCUGCCCAAGAAGCAUGAGGCUCUGAGAGCUUUGGACCGUGGACAGGCCAAGCCCCCCCGGCAAGCUCGUGUGGUCAUCCAGUUUGGUGACCAGACCAAGCCCAACAUCACUGAGUACAUCGUAGGUCCUCUGCCAUCCCCCACCUCUCAUGAAAUCAAAACCUUCAAAGGGAAGAGGCCUGUCCAGUUUGAGUCAAGGCCAAUCACUAUUGUAGAGUACGACCACAUUAACAACAUCCUUGAAAAGAUCACAUCCAGGGCUCACCGGCUCCUGUUUGAGACCACCGGAGGGUUCUCCUACACCAACUGUUCAGACCGCUGCCUGACCUUUUCAGACAUCGCGCCCCGUGGCCUGGCCCCAGGGGAAAGGAGGUCCUGGAUUAUGCUGCAAAAGUUUGUGGAGGGUUAUUUCAUUCACCCAAUUGGAUUUGAGGUACUGGUCAACCACAGAGAUCUGGAUCCAGAAAACUGGACAGUUGAGAAGGUCUGGUACAACAGCAUGUACUUUGACAGUAUUGAGGAACUGCUGGAAAAGUAUGACUCAGGACAUGUGGAGAAGAUCAAACUGCCCAGUCACAGUGAUGAUGACCUUUACUCUACCUACAUACCCCGGGGUCAGAGCAGCACUCCCACUCAUGUCCACGGGCCCAAGCUGGUUGAGCCACAGGGACAUCGCUAUCGCAUUGAAAGCAACUUCGUUGAAUAUGCUGGCUGGUCUUUUGCCUACAGAGUCCGCUCCUCAGCUGGACUCCAAGUUUUUGAUCUCCGUUUUAACGGGGAGAGGAUUGCCUAUGAGAUCAGUCUCCAAGAAGCCAUUGCCUUCUAUUCUGGUGAUACUCCUGCUGCCAUGCAAACCAAGUACAUCGAUGCGGGCUGGGCCAUGGGCACCUCAACCUAUGAACUGGCACCGGGAAUCGACUGCCCAGAAAUUGCUAGCUUUAUUGACCUUUAUCAUUACUUUGACACAGACAAACCCGUUCUCCAUAAAAAUGCUCUCUGUAUUUUUGAGAUGACCACCGCUAUGCCUCUGAGGAGGCACUUCAAUUCCAACUUUCAGGGAGGAUACAAUUUCUACGGAGGGCUGGAGAACACAGUUCUGGUUUUGCGUACAACCUCGACAGUUUACAACUAUGACUACAUCUGGGACUUCGUCUUCUACCAGAAUGGGGUAGUGGAAGUGAAGGUCAGUGCUUCUGGAUACAUCCAUGCCACCUUCUUUACACCAAAUGGACUUCACUACGGCUCCAAGGUGUAUGACCAUGUGCUAGGCAACUUGCAUACACACCUCAUCCAUUAUAAAGUGGACUUGGAUAUUGAUGGACGAGAAAACAGCUUUGAGAGCAUUGACCUGAAAUAUGUCAACUUUACAAAUCCAUGGAGCCCAAAGCAUUUCAUUGUGCAAUCCAAGCUUCACAAAACGCAGCACAAGACUGAACGAUCUGCUGCCUUCCGGUUCGGCAAGAAGUUUCCUCGUUAUGUGCACUUCUAUAACCCAAAUGAGAAAAACAAAUGGGGACAUCAGAAGGGUUAUCGGAUUCAAUUUAACUCUCAUGCACACAGUGUCCUUCCAAAAGGCUGGAGAGAGGAAAAUGGCAUCAGUUGGUCAAGGUACCGCCUAGCUGUGACCCGCCAUAAAGACAGCGAGGCCACCAGCAGCAGCAUCUACGCCCAGAACGAUCCCUGGGAGCCUGCAGUGCUCUUUGAUGACUACAUUAAUGCAGAGGACAUAGUAAACAAGGACCUGGUGGCCUGGGUGACCGUAGGUUUCCUGCAUGUGCCACAUUCAGAAGACAUCCCCAACACGGCGACGCCCGGCAACGCUGUGGGCUUCUUCCUGCGGCCCUUCAACUUUUUUGAUGAAGACCCCUCUCUGGCAUCCAAAAGCACUGUCAUCAUCCGGCCUGACAAGGAUGGCAAGCCCAAAGUCCAGAGAUGGACACCUGAAGUCGUGGGCCAUUGUGUGACAGACAAGCCAUUCUUUUACAACGGCACUUAUGCUGGAGUUUAGAGGGGGUUUUGUACAUUCAGAAUAAAUGUGUUACAAAUGUACAAAACAGUAUAUGAAUAUUCAAAAGUGUUUCUGAAAGUAAUCCCAAUAAAGAGAAGCACAUUUACAAAGGUGAAAAGAUAAUGAUUUGUAUUUGACAACUUCUCUUUUUGUGUCUCCAGACUGUACUACAUGGCUAUUUGCUACAUUUUUCCGUGGUAGCGUCUGCCUCAAAAGAUAAAAGAAUAAGUUGUUUUUUAAAGAACCUGGCCCACCGCGGCUCAAAGAACACAUGAGACAGGGCACACAAAGGAUGAGGAGAUGAUGUCUGUGACGAGGCGUGAGAGCUCUGUUAAUCUUAUGUUGGGUCUCCAUGGAUGAGAUUAAACAACAGUGAGCAUUCAGGAUACAGGUUUCUCCGGAUCCGCCCUGCCCGGUCUUAAACAGCUGCCCCCCAGCAUGCACUGCUUGCCUCACAGGAGGGGCACACAACCGGCCUUCAAAAGCAAACAGCCAGAUUCCGGAUCCUUCAGAGUAAAUACAUCAGAAUACCACCUGGUUGUGCUGUUGCCCCUGGAAACCCAUCACGCAAUCACAGGGUAUUGAAUCCACAUGUGACCAAUUUGUUCUUUAGAUAUUCUGAAUGAGGCAACGUUUUGACUUCAGAAUCCUUCUGACAGUUGUGAUCACAUUGAGGCCGUCUCAGUGAGGUUUCAUCUAAACUUUGUGGAAAAUAAAAAGUCCCGAUGGUCCU